AUGAUUCUUGAUUGUGAAAUGCGAGCUGUCAAUGAAGACACGUGUGAGCUUGCAACAAGAAUUGGUAGCGAAAACGAGUUUGAUAUCUUCCCGCUUGUUUCAUUUCCUGGAAGCGGUAACACCUGGACACGAAUGCUCCUUGAAAAAUCAACUGGAAUCUUCACUGGAAGCAUUUACAACGACAGAUCACUCUACGAGAAUGGCUUUCUUGGCGAGUUGACGAAUCCGACUUAUGGAUCUACUCUUUUUCAAAAGGCUCAUACUACUGAAGACAAAAGUCUUUCCUCUGCAAAGGGUUACUUAUUCUUGAUCCGCAAUCCAUUUGAUGCAACUGUUGCUGAAUUCAAAAGAAGAAAGGGAAAGAGCCAUACUUCGACUGUAUCUGAAUCCGUCUUCAAGGCAAAUGAUUGGAAAAAACAAGGAACUAGCAUGUUGACUCGGUGGCGUUCUCUCAUUUUACAAAUUAUUAAAAAGAAAGAGCAAGAUCUUCCAGUCCAUAUUUUUUUCUACGAAAAUUUAAAAAUCAACGCGACAGAAGAAAUGGCAAAAAUUCUCGAUUUUAUCGAGGAUCGAAAAUAUUAUAUCGUCCCGGAUCGCGAACGAAGACUUAAGUGUCUUGAAAAAAAUUUAAAGCAAACCGAAAAAUUUCAUCGACCAAAGAAGCAGCCAUCAUUUGAAUAUUUUACGAACGCGAUGAUAGAAAAAGGAAAUCAAUUAAUCAAUGAAAUUCACGAUCUCUUGGCAGGAAACAGUUUACCGCUAUUUGAGAAGCAAAAUUAUCUAAGAAAAAAAGCCGAGAAUGAAGUUACAGGAGAAACGAAGAAAAAUUUUUUCAGUAAAAUUCCGCUAACAGCUGAUCUUAGUUUAUGGAAAACAUCAACGACAUUCAAAGGCAUCAUCGACAAAUGGUUGAAGAUAAAUAGGGUUUUCAAUGAGAUCGAAAAACCCCAAAUGGGACCACAAGGAGGUUGUUUUCCUGCUCAAUUCGACGAACGCUGUUGGGAAGGAAACAAACGUCAUGAUCCUGUCCUAGGGAUCUCGUAUCAUUUUCGUUGGAAUAUGGACUAUUUGCCGUCGAUAUUCGAUUCAAACCGAGAAAGAGUCAAAAUUUUCACAACAAUUCGUGAUCCGCUUGCAACUUUCCGGUCAACGUACAAUUAUUUUUAUCAAAACUCAAAUGGCUGUGAAUAUCCAUGCUGGGGCGCACCAUUCAAGACCUUUCUCUCAGACUUUGUGAAAGAUAACAAUAAGAGACCAUAUCCGCCAAUUGAAAAAUUUCUCGAUAUUCUUCCAAAAGCAUACAAUUCUUCGGUUCCGUUUGCGUAUCGAGUAAGUAACCCUCAGUCGUUUGAACUUGGAAUGGAUUUCGACAAAAUAAACGACAUCACAUAUAAAAUGGAAGACGAAAUCAAAAGGGCGAAAAAAAUUUUCUCCUCUUGUGCAAAAGGAGUGAUUGAUUGCUCAGCAAACAAGCUUGUUAUAAAUAGAGAACCUCCUAAAACGCAGAUUGUAACUACGCCCGAAUUAAAAUUAAGUGAGUAUAUCGACAUUAUAGAAAAUGGAAACGGAGCUUGCACGAAUCCAGGACAUCCGUACACAAAUGCGAAAAUGCUUUACGAAACAGGAACUUGGAAUUAUCUACAUUUGUCCGGCAAAAAUUGCGGUGUUGAUGAGAUUUUAGCAACAAAUCUUGAUACUCAGGUGCCGUUGACGGCUGAGUUCCAGGAAAAAUAUCACAAAAUAAUUCAAUGA